AUGGAUAUAUUGUCAUCUAGCUCAGGAUACACUUUAGAAUGUAGAGAUCCGAAGGAACACAAAUCAGCUAAAUCACAUUCAUUGAAUACAUCUAAAUCUUCAGCAAAAAAGCUUUACGUGGGACGAUAUGAAGAAGAUUCUUUAAUAUCUAUCACAUACACCGCGGCUACAGAUACCAUCGCUAAUUGGAUUAAAUCAGCGACAGAGAUUGCCUUUACUUCCAAUAAAGUCUUCGAAUUCGUCUGUCGAAGAAUUCCCCAGAUAACGUUACUUGUUUUUUAUGCCAUAAGUCAAUGGAAAGUUGUGGUCCUGCGGUACUUGCGUUUAUAUUUUGAUGAAAAUAAUGGUGGUAAUUAUAAUUAUGAUGAUGUUGAUAAUAAUAACGAUAAUGAUAAUUAUGAUGGGGAUAAUAAUGAUGAUGGUGAUGAUAGUGAUGAUGAUGAUAAUGAUAAUUGA